CUGUUUGAAAGUAGUGAGUGACUCCAUCAUCUAUGGAGGAGAAUAAGAGCCCUGAGCUCGCUCAAGCUCCAGGGCCUGAGUUGAGCCAGGAUCCUAUGGAUAACAGCUUGAAAGCUGAAACAGAGGAAGAAAAAAACAACAAGGAACAGAGCGAUGAGGUGUCCAAGGAAAAGCUAGAGGAGUCUGAGAAAACGUCAAAGGCCUCUGGCGAAUUUAAGAAGACUUGGGGUUUCCGCAGAACCACCAUUGCCAAGAGGGAGAUGCCGGGGGAAGCUUCUGUCGAGAGCCCGGAGGGCAGGGGGGCGCCUGUCCGCCGCAGCGGCAGGCAGGCCAAGCGCACGGACAAACUGGAAGAGUUUCUCCUCACCGCCAAACGCGGACGAGGGUCUGGGAGAAGAAGCGCUCCCGCCCAGCUGGAAGGAGGCGACCCGCCUUCUCAGACGCCCACGGACGCGGAGACGGCGUCGGAAGCCAGCUUUGAUGGCAACGCCGAGGCCAAGGCAGCAGAGAACAAAAUAACCUCUCCAGAGAGGAAGAGGAGAGGCCGGAACAGAAAGAGGGGAGUAGCCAAGCCCAAGGGCGCUCCCGCGGGUUCGGUCAGCGACGAGGGCAGCUCUGAUAACGAGACGGAAGGUGGUGGAGAGACCAAAAAGGAGUCAGAGGACCAGCUAGAGAUGAAAUGCAGCGCAGAAGAGGCUAAGGAUGAAGAAUCGACUGAGCCAAAGGAAGAGGAGGACCCUGAAAAGAAAGAGGAACAAGAGAAAGAGGAAAACGAGAGCAAGGAAAAGCCGUCGGCGGAGUCCGGCGGGAGACGCGCCGGCAGGAGCCCUGCCAAAUCUGUCGGCAAACGAGAUUCCAAACCCAAAGCGGGGGCGAAGUCGCGUAAAGAGGAGGAAGACGAAGAGGACGAGGACGACGACGACGAUGAUGAUGAUGAUGAUGAUGAAUCGUCCAGCGAGUCUGAUGACGAAUAUGAUCCUAAUGCACUCUACUGUAUCUGCAGACAGAAACACAACAAAAGGUUCAUGAUCUGCUGCGACCGCUGUGAAGAGUGGUUUCACGGGGACUGCGUGGGCAUCACCGAAGCACGGGGCCGGCUGAUGGAGAGGAACGGGGAGGACUACGUUUGUCCAAACUGUACUGCCCAGAAGGGCCAAGCGGCUCGACCCGGCGCCUCCACGCCGGCCUCGGAGAACGGUAAACGGCCCUCUCUGGUCAGCCGCAAAGUGGAGACGAGCGCCGCCGCGGCGGGCGGUCAAACCAGUCCUUCCGCCGCCGCCGAGGAGAAAACCAGCGACGACCUGGGGAUCAAAGGAAGAAUAGAGAAAGCUACCAAUCCCAGCGGGAAAAAGAAAAUAAAGAUAUUUCAGCCGCAGGCAGCGGCGACGGCAGCGUCAGCUCUGCCCAAAUGCAUCGGCCCAGGCUGCGAGAGAGAAGCCCUGCCGGACUCGGUCUACUGCGGUAACGACUGCAUCCUCAGGCACGCGGCGGCGGCCAUGAAGUCCAUCACGGACGUGAAGGAGCCCAAGCCAAAGGAGAAGAGCAAAGCUCAGAAAAAAAGGACGAGCAGGUCGUCGGGGUCGUCCAACAAAGCUGAAGAGGAGGAAGAGUCAGAGAGUGACGAAGAAGACAACAACAAGGAUGCCGCUGCCGACGAAGGCGAUGAUGAUGAAGACAAGCAUGCCGAGGAACACCCUCCACCUCCAGCCAUGUCGUCCUGGUCCAGCGACCAUAAUUACAAUGCAGUAACGCCAGAAAAGACUACACCCAUUGCACCAUCUGUGUUAAACAAAUCGUCCACCCAGAAGGAGGAGAAAGAAACUGACGAACUGCAGUCUGAGAAAGAGGCAACACCUGUAGAGAAAAAGCCAUCCGCCAGUGCUGCGUCCCCCAAGGGAGGGAAGAAGUCCCCCGGGUCAAAGGGAGCAAAAGCCACCAUCAAGGGCAAAACAAGUGCUAAUCCUGCGAGCAGUGCCAAAGAUUACAAGAAACAAAUUCUGUCCCAGAGCAAAACCCUCAAGUCCAAGAAGACAGGACCCAGUCCUUCCUCAGCCCCUGCGGUGUCUGUGACUGGCCCUCCUGGCUCGCGACACCACGUUACCGGAGCCUUACGCGUGGCCAAGAGCACAUUCACCAUUCCCAAGAAGCAGCCCCAGACUGGGCAGAAAGAUGCCUCAGGUCCAAGCCCUUCUCCUACUUCCAAAACACUUCCAUCCCAGGCGUCUUCGGCACCAUCCAGCCAGACGCCCGUCGCUAAACCGGCUCAGCCCGCUGCGUCUGCCGCACCUUCUCAGCCUCCGCCCAACAACCAGAUGAGACAGAACAUCCGUCGCUCCCUCACCGACAUCCUUUACAAAAGGGUGAGUGACAGUGAUGACCUCUCGAUGUCAGAGAGUGAAGUGGGGAAACUCGCUGUCAGCAUUGAGAAGGAGAUGUUCAACUUGUGUCUCAACACAGACAGCAAAUACAAAAACAAGUACAGGACCCUCAUGUUUAACUUGAAAGAUCCUAAAAAUAAAGGCUUGUUCUAUCGUGUAAUUGGUGGUGAGGUCAGCCCGUUCAGGCUGGUGAGACUCAGUCCAGAGGAAUUGCUCUCUAAAGAAAUCUCUGAAUGGAGGAAGACUGAGAACACUGAGGUCCACGAACCCAGUGGUAGAGCCCAGGCUGGUCAGACCAAAUCAGGCACCAAACAGGAGGUUGCGGCCACUGACAUGGACAUGGAGGAGGCUCCUCCUAUGUCUGAUGGAGAUGUAUGUAUUCCUGCCACCUCCCAUUCUCCUGGCAUAGUUUCUUCAGCAGACCAGGAGGAGUCUCGUUCCUCUUCCUCCACCCAGGUCUCCACCUCUGCUCCUGCAUCCAACACUGCUGCAAAGACUAGUGCAAUGCCAGACAUCUUAAGCAACAUGCUGAAGGAUACCACUGCACAGCACAGGGCACAUCUCUUUGAUCUGAACUGCAAGAUCUGUACAGGUCAGAAGUCUGCUGAAGAUGAGCCGGCGCCAAAAAAACCCAAGUACACUAUCCCUAAAAAAACAGAGCCUGUAAAACCCAAGCCUGAGCCACAGCCUUCAAAGCCUCCCACAAAUGAAUGGCCCCCAGUCUCUCACUCUGCCCCUGAGAUGGCUGGGCCUGCACCAGUGGCUGCCGUGGAAGAUACCAGCAAUGUAUUACCGGCGCAGCAAACUCCAGCUCCUGCUGUAGCGCCAGCGGUUUCAUCCGUUACUAUCACACGUAGAGACCCGCGCACUGCUGGGCACCGCUCUGCUGUCGCUGUUUCUCAAGUUGGUCCUGAGGUCAGUGCCCCUGUAUAUAUGGAACCUCCAGUGGUGGGCGUGAAGGGAUCCAUGCCCAUGCCACCUCCGGCUCCCACAUCUGCCCCCAGGUCUGUCUUGCAGAAACCGACUCCCUCUCCAGAUGUGCGACAGUACAGCGCCAACACAGUCAGUGUGGCAGAAACUCCAUCUCAACCAGAGGGUGAGACCGCCUUGUUCCUAUCCGGACAAGAGAUGAUGUGGAAAGGAUUCAUUAACAUGCAUACUGUUGCCAAAUUUGUGACAAAAGCCUACUUGGUUUCUGGGUCUUUUGAGCAUCUGAAAGAGGAUUUGCCUGACACCAUCCAUAUUGGGGGCAGAAUAUCUCCAAACACGGUGUGGGACUAUGUUGGCAAACUGAAGACGUCGCUUUCAAAAGAGCUCUGCCUCAUCCGUUUCCAUCCUGCGACAGAAGAAGAGGAGGUGGCAUAUGUCUCUCUCUUUUCUUAUUUCAGCAGCCGCAAACGCUUUGGUGUAGUGGCCAACAACAACCGCCGCAUCAAAGAUCUAUACCUUAUCCCACUGAGCUCCAAGGAUCCGCUACCCUCCAAACUCUUACCCUUUGAUGGGCCAGGUCUUGAACCAGCUCGUCCUAACCUCCUUCUUGGGCUAGUAAUAUGUCAGAAAGACAAGAAGCGGUCAGGAGCUCCUCUAGAGGGUGAAGAGAAACGUUCCAAAAUUCAGGCCAGGGAUCCAGAUGAUACGGGCCUUCCUAAACCAAACCCUGUCAAAGCUGAAGUGAAACAGGAAAAAGCGAUUCGUUCUAGCCUGGAGACAAUGAUGAGCACUACACCUCCAGGAUCUCCACCUCCCCUUAGCUCCUCAGAGACCUCAAGUUCGUUUUCUGCAUCAUCAGUGUUAUCUCUCCUGUCCUCUGUCAAGGCGCCCACCACCACCACAAGUACAGGCAAAGAUUCUCCGUCUUCCUCAGCUGCUGCAGCAGCACCUGCAGUCGCUUCUCCACUUCAGACCAUUCUAAAAACCCUGUUUGGUAAGAAGAAACAGGACUCUGAGGCCUCACUCUCUCCCUCAGAGCCUGGUGCAAGUGAUGUCUCAAUGCCUUCUGUCCCCAUGCUGGACCCGAUAGUCCAGCAGUUUGGGCAGAUUUCUAAGGGCAAGCAAGUUGAAGAGGCAGAAGAUGACAGACCUUAUGACCCUGAGGAGGAAUAUGAUCCAACUGUGGGCUUUGGAACGGAGAAGCGCUUCGAUACUGCAAAAGAAGCUGUGGCUAGCAAGCAAACAGAAGUCACAGCUAAAGGGUUGGAUGAUGUGGCCUAUGAUCCUGAAGAUGACUCCAUUUUUGACGAGGUGAGGGUUGAUGCGUCAGGUCAGUCUAAAAGCACUGCUGGAGGUUCAUCUCUAACUGAGCAACAAAAAAUGCUGGAGGACCUCAAUAAACAAAUAGAGGAACAGAAGCGUCAGCUAGAGGAACAGGAGGAAUCCAUGCGUCAACUGCCUACUGGAACAUUAUCCAUGCCACUCUCUGUCCCUGAAACUUUUAUUUCGCAACCCGCCAAAUCGCUUCUUGCAAAUAGCCAGUUGCUGCAGCUUGGUAAAAAGGUGGAAGAGCUUGUGGCAAAAAGUAAUGCGGCCCCAGUUAUCAAUCAGAGAAGAGAUCCAAGGCAGAGCAGAGACCCUAGACAAGCAGCAGCGGGUCGCAGACAAACAACCGAUUCUGUAGAGAAAGAAGAAGUGCCUACUGCUACUGUCGAAAUGUCACCAUUGCAAAAUGCUGCGAGCACAGACACACCACCACCUCAGCCAGCAGCAACUGUAGACUCUCAACAGUCACAACCCACUGUUGCUGUAGAUUCCAAACCAUCUGAACCCGCCAUCUUACAGCCAGAAAUUAAACAGACAGAAGAAGAAGCAAAGACUGAUCUCCCGCCUUUCUUGGACUCAGACACAACGGAGGUUGCUAUUCCGUUACUGGGAGAGAAGAUAGAUCCUGAACUGGAGGACAGUUACAUGGAUGCAGGUUCAAAGGUGAAGUCUAAAGAGACUGAUAAUCCCAUCAUUGAAUCUGAAAGUAAAAGUUACGACGUUUGGCCUAAUUCUGCAAGCAUUUUAAAAGCAGAGGAAAUUCCAAUAGUUGUGCAAUCUAAGGAUUCAGCUUCAUCUGAAACCCCAUACUACAGCAUUCCCUCAGUCAGCACCCCACCAGUGUCCUCUGGGCCUUCUGGCAUGUCUCAAGAUGUCACACAGGUCACCUCCUCCUAUUUGGACUCUCAGACCUCACACAUGCCUCACACUGGAGUGGGAAACUCUGAGACAGAUUACAGGAACCCACAGGAAAUUCCACCACCAAUGAAUUUCCCUCCUCCAAUAGGACCACCACCUAUGCAUGGUCCACCCCCUAUGCAGGGACCACCAUCCAUGCAGGGCCCACCACCACCCAUUCAUGUUCCUCCACCUAUACAAGGGCCUCCUCCAAUGCAGGGUCCACCCCCAAUACAGAUUCCCCCUCCAAUGCAAGGUCCUCCACCUAUUGCCGAAACAGAUCCGUCCCAGUAUGGGGCCCCAGGGCCAUAUCAACCCUACCAGAAUCAGUGGGGAAACAAUCAACAGUUUGAUGGUCCAAGAGGCCCUCCGCCUCCACCAAUGGUUGGACCAAGAGGUCCCCCUCCCUUCCCACCUAUGAGCCAGAGAGGCCCUCCACCUCAAAUAUUUGAUGGUUCUAUGGGGUCAACACCUCCCCAGCACAUUGGACAGAGAGGCCCUCCUCCUGGUCCUCCACCUCCUGGUCCUCCACCUCCUACCUUUGAUGGGCCAAGGUUUAAUGGACCACCACCUCCAUUCAUCUUUGGAUCCAGAGGGCCACCUCCACCAUUUCCAGGGCCUCCCCCAGGCCAUUUUGAUAACAGGGUGCUGCCACCAUCCCACUUUACUGGACCAAGAGGCCCACCUCCUCCUCAUCUUAUCGGAGAUCAUGGACCUCCAAAUCCAUUGUCAGAAAGAGGGCCAGGUGAUCAGUAUGACACUGAUGGUGGAAGGCCCUAUCAGCAGGGGAUGGAACAACACCAAGGACAAAAUGCCCCACAUAUGUACAGAGACAACCAGGGGUCAACUCAAGGUGCUGCCUUUAGGGGACCUCCACCGAAUCACUACGAUGGGCGAAGAGGUCCACCUGGUCCUGGAGAAAUGUCAGGACAGAGGUUUCCACCUCCUAACCAGUUCCAUGGUUCACCCCAACAUAGAGGGUCUUAUGAAGACUCAAGGGGGCCUCAAGCCCACAGGGGGCCACCACCACAGCAGUUUGGUGGGCAGUCUUCACGGUAUCACUAUGAUGACCAUUCAGCUGAUAUAAGACCGGUGCGACAUACUGGACCUCUUCUCCCAACUCCUCCGGAGGGUCCCAUCCCAAUAGGAGGUCGCAUGGGGGGGCACAGCCCAGAUUCCCAUCGGGAUGACCACUGGCGAAGGCAUUCUCCGGAAAUGAGAAGGAGGAGCAGUUCCACAAGGGAUGACUCUGAGCCACGGAACAGCGGAGAUAGGUCGAGCAGAUUUGACAGUGGCCCACGUGACCGAGAUGGUCUUCAGGGCACCUCAAGACUGUCCGAGGAGAGACAGCGGGAUUUGUCUGAAGACAGGAGGAGGGAGAGAGACCGAGAUGGGCCUCAUGGAGGCAGACCAUGGGACAGAGGUCAAGGAAAGCGCUGGAGCAGGGAGCGUGAUUGGGAUCGCAGCAGAGAGAGAGACCGAGAGAGGGAUCGCAGCCGGGGCCGAGAGGUAGACAGACAUGGAGAUGGAGAAAAGAGGAGAGACAGAGACAGGGACAGGGAGAGAGACAGAGAACGAGACAGAGAAAGAGGAAGAGAGCGGGACUCGGACAGGAAAGACCAUGAUCGAGACAGGGGAAAGAACAGGGAUAGAGAUCGGGACCGCGAUCGAGAACGUGACAGAGACCGCGACAGCAGGGACAGGAGGCGAGAUCGGUCACGGAGCCGUGAUCGAGAGCGCGGUAAAGAUCGAGACAGAGGUAGAGACCGAGACAGGGAUAGAGACAGACGAGAAAGGAGCAGGAGCAAAGACAGGAGAGAAGACAAAAAAGACAGUAAGACCGAGAAUCAAAAGGACAAUGAGAAGUCCUCCGAAACAGAGACUGCCACUGAGAAGAACACGUCCUAAUGUUUUUUUCCUCACAUUUCCUUCACAUUUAUGAGCAAAUUUACUCAUGGCUAACUGACUUCAUGUCUGACUGAAAAAUUAUAAUGUAUGAUUCUCAAUGGUUAUUUCUAUGAAUCGCUUGAAUUUGAAAGUACCCAAGUCAUGUAAACUGAUGGUCUAAUUUUUGUAGCUCCCCUUCCUCUUGCUCCAUAGUUUAUGCUUUUAUUAUAUUGAAAGUAACAGGUCUUUAUAUAAUUUCAGUUUGUUUGAGAGGUGAUUUUGUCAUACCACAAUACUGUACC